UCUACAAAUUUCAAUACAUAACUUGAGCUCCGAGAAAGCAGUUACGCGCUGCCAACAUUUUCGCAUGUUGAUCGGGCCUGAAAUAUAGUUGAAUGUUGUGCACCCUUGCAGGAUAACGGCGCGAAAUAAUAUAAAUUGUUGUAUGAAAACAAAAAGUUUUCACUUUAUUUACGAACCGACGUCUUACGAAACUGUGUCAAGUCGCGACAAUAGUGUUCGCCCGCUUUCCGGCCGCGCUACCCUGAAGCUACACAUACUCAAAUAAAUACGUGCGAGUGAUGUGUAUUUAAUCGGUGGCUUAUCGCGAAUCUGGAUUAUAUACAACUUUUACAUUUGAGAAUAAAAACUGUUGUUCGUGGUGAUAUAUUCUAUAGACAUUAUCAUUUCGACGUUCCUUGACGUUAAGACUUUUAAGCAAAUUUGCUGAAUAGUGGUCAAGAUGAGCUUCAAUAAGAAUAACCCCAACGCUGUUGGGAAAAUUAUGGGAUACCUGAAGCAGCUCUCCACAGAAAUGGGAGGGAGCGAACAGACACGGCGAGGACAAGGAGACGAGGAGCGCCUCUAUCGUGCAAGAGGUCCGAAAUACGCCAGAGUGCCAUCGCGGCCUACGUUGUCAGCGUCUACCACCUGCACCUCGCUAGCUACGUCCUGCGGUUCCCAGGGGACCCUUGCGCCUAACUACGCCGCCAUCCCGGAGAACGUGUCCACUGAAAGCAGUAGCGAAGACGAACAAGACUCGUUCGAGAAAACUCGGCGCCACUUCCAACAGUUGCGUCAGAUCAGCUUGGGGAACGAGUUUAAAUACAAAAUGGAAAUGGAAAUCAAGAGCGCCAAGGACGAGAACUUACGCAAUUCUGUGCCUUUCGUGAAACAAUUGAGUACUGACAGCAAUAAAAUUAAAAAUAAAUAUGCGAUCAACGGCGACAGCCAGCCCUACAAUGCACCAACAACGCAGAGCCUGUUUCUUUGGACACAGGUGUUCGCCGCUCUGGCCGUGUCUAUGGGUUCCAUGAUAGUUGGCUUUUCCUCGGGCUACACAUCGCCAGCUCAAUCCAGCAUGAACGCGACGUUAAUCCUUGGAAAAGAAGAGAUCAGUUGGAUCGGUGGUAUAAUGCCUUUGGCGGCGUUGGCUGGUGGUAUUCUGGGAGGUCCACUAAUCGAAGGCUUCGGAAGAAAGCUCACUAUAAUUGGCACUGCGAUACCAUUCUUUCUUGGUUGGAUGUUAAUAGCGAAUGCUAAUGGAAUCGCCAUGGUGUUGGCCGGACGGGCUUUCUGCGGCCUGAGCGUCGGCGUCGGCAGUCUUGCGUUCCCUGUUUAUCUCGGAGAAACGAUUCAGCCGGAAGUUCGAGGAUCUCUGGGAUUACUACCGACCGCUUUGGGUAACACCGGUAUACUGCUAGCAUUCUUUGCCGGCACCAAGCUAGACUGGAGUCAUUUGGCAUUUUUGGGAGGUGCACUGGCUAUUCCCUUUUUUCUGUUGAUGCUCAUUACGCCAGAAACGCCACGUUGGUAUUUUACCAAAAAUCGCGCAGAAGAUGCACGCAAAGCGCUGCAAUGGCUGAGAGGCAAAAAUAUUAACAUCGAGAAGGAAAUGCGCGAACUGACACGAUCGCAAGCCGAGGCCGAUCUCGUACGUGGCAACCAAUUCAAACAACUAUUCGCGGUGAAAUAUAUGCCAGCAGUGCUCAUCUCUUUGGGUCUUAUGUUCUUCCAACAACUGAGCGGCAUCAACGCAGUCAUAUUUUACGCUUCGACCAUCUUCGAAUCUGCGGGCAGUAGCAUCGAUCCGAAAUUAUCAUCGGUCAUAAUAGGCGUCGUUAACUUUAUAUCUACUUUCAUAGCCACAGUACUUAUAGACAGACUUGGAAGGAAAAUACUGUUGUACAUAUCUUCAGUCUCAAUGAUUUUGACUUUAGUGACUUUAGGGUCUUAUUACUAUCUUCAAAACGUCGGAGUUGAUGUCAAGCCAUACGGAUGGCUGCCACUCGCCUGCCUCAUAAUAUAUGUACUCGGAUUCUCUAUCGGAUUCGGACCCAUUCCUUGGUUGAUGCUUGGAGAAAUUUUGCCCUCGAAGAUCCGUGGAAACGCGGCGUCAUUGGCGACAGGCUUCAACUGGACCUGUACUUUCAUUGUGACCAAGACAUUCCCAAAUAUAAUCCAAGCUAUAUACAUGCAUGGCACUGUGUGGUUGUUCUCAGUUAUCUGUCUCAUUGGGCUGUUCUUCGUGAUUUUCUUCGUACCGGAAACUCGUGGCAAGAGUUUGGAAGAGAUCGAGAAAAAACUGACGGGAGGCUCGGUUAGAAUUCGAAACAUUAACGGCAACAAACAUAUGCAAAAUGGUUGUUAAGCAUCAGAAUACAAAUAUUGUAAGCCGAGUGUGGUAUAUAAUAAGGGUUGGCUAGAAAGCUUCGUAACCCAUUAUUUUGAUUGUGAUUUAGGUACAAAAGAGGGGAGUGAUGCUACACGCAAUGUGUACGCAGAAGACUGACUUGGAUUGUAAUCAUUUAUUUUGUACAGUAUACAGUAGCUUAGUAACGCACUUAUAUUUAAGUAAAUUAUAGUUCCUUUAGAUAUAAUUUUUAUGGUAAAAUAACUUCACUAAUAUCAAUAAGGUAAAUUAAUCAUGUUUUACUAAAGAAAAGAAUCUCGUUUGUGGUUCCAAUGUAAGCCCAGUAUGUUUCUAAUGUUGUACUAAACUUUGAAAUUAUUUACGUUUAAGAUGUGUCUAAACCAUAUUAUAUACUUAUUCUUAGACUAUAAAUUAUCACGUACCAUAAAAGAACAUGACAUAACUAAGGUUAAAAUUAUUGUACUUUACAAACUUGUAACUAAAUGUACGUUAAUAGUUGAUUCAACUAAAAAUUAAAGGCGCUAUAGUCGCAUAAUUAUCAUAAGGAUAGAAUAUUACGAAAUGUUUUCGUAUAUUACGGAAGCAUUAUUUAUU